GAGAAGAACAAACUACAUGCAAAAUUUCAUUUAUCAGCACUGGUUUUAAACAAAAUGAUCAUUUUUACUAGUGCAGAAAUAGCAACUUUAAGCACCAUGAAGGAUCUCAACAGCAAGUGUUCGCUAUUCAUUUGUCUUGAUUCAUUUGGAAGUCAACAUUAAGAGUUGUUAUUUACUCCAGCAACCUGGUGGAUUGACGUUCACAUUAUGGAUGUGUUGGCACUCGGAUUCUGGUUGCUUCUAGGACUAUUACACACUAUGGAAGGAAAGGUCCUCAAACGGGGUAGGGUUCCCCCACAUAUUGUUUUUGUGAUGGUGGAUGACCAAGGAUACAAUGACAUCGGGUACCAUGGCUCAGAGAUUCAAACACCCGUGUUGGACCAGCUGGCUGGCGAAGGGGUGAAGCUGGAAAACUACUAUGUUCAGCCCAUCUGUUCACCCUCACGCAGCCAGCUUAUGACUGGACGGUAUCAGAUCCAUACUGGUCUUCAACACUCCAUCAUUCGUGCACGUCAGCCCCUCUGCCUGCCCCCUGACACACGGACGCUCCCUGAGAGGCUCCAGGAGGCUGGCUACAGCACCCACAUGGUAGGGAAAUGGCACCUGGGUUUUUGUCGUCCCGAGUGUCUGCCAACAAGCCGUGGCUUUCAAAGCUUCCUUGGAUCACUGACGGGCAGCGGAGACCAUUUUAGCUUCCAAAGCUGUGACGGAACAGAGGCCUGUGGGUUCGACCUGCAUGAUGGAGACCGGCCGGCAUGGGAGCUGAGAGGAAAUUACUCAACAAGGCUUUACACUGAGAGAGUGAAAGACAUCCUGAGACGUCAUGACCCCCGGAAGCCUUUGUUUCUGUAUGUGGCGCUUCAGGCAGUUCACACACCUUUACAAGCUCCUGGACAUCUUCUCAGACGCUACCAGGCCCUUGGCAACCGACCUCGACGUCAUUAUGCUGCAAUGGUGAGCGGUGUAGAUGAGUCAGUAGGGGAAAUUGUCAGUGAACUGCGUGAGCGAGGCUACUACGACAACUCUGUGCUCAUCUACUCCUCAGACAACGGGGGCCAGCCUCUCUCAGGGGGUUGUAAUUGGCCCCUGCGUGGUGGCAAGGGCUCCUACUGGGAAGGUGGAGUUCGAGCAGUUGGCUUUGUACACAGCCCACUUUUGAAAAGGAAGGGGGUGGUGAGUCAUGCUCUGAUUCACAUUUCCGACUGGUAUCCAACCUUGCUGUCUCUUGCAGGAUACAGAGAGUCUGAUUCCAACCAUCUGGAUGGUCAAGAUGUUUGGGAAACUAUAAGUAGUGACCUGACCUGUCCACGAACUGAAAUCCUCUUCAACAUUGAUCCGGUAUCACGCAGACAUGGAGAUGUCAAUACAAAACUCCUAAUGCUGAAUGGUUUUGGGAUUUGGGAUACAGGAGUGCGUGCAGCCAUUCGAGCUGGUGACUGGAAACUUCUGACAGGGAACAUCGGUGAUGGAGAUUGGUUCCCUCCACAGACGAUGCCUGGAGGUCCACAGCAGUGGCAAGGCAUGGAAAAGCGACGAGAUCAACGAGGAAAGUCUGUCUGGCUCUUCAACAUCACUGCUGAUCCCUAUGAGAGGGCAGAUUUGGCAGAGGCACGACCUGAGGUGGUCAAGGUUCUGUUGACUCGACUUUCAGAGUACAACCGGACUGCUGUGUCUCCACGCAAUCCGCCUGAUGACCCAAUGGCAGACCCGCAACUUCAUGGAGGGGUUUGGACUCCCUGGCUAGGACAGGAAGAGCACAGAGAUGAAGGGGACGAUGAGGAACCAGACAGCAUCAACAGAAAGGCCAGAUCCAAGAGUACUUGCAGACUCUGCAAACUUAAGGCCUUGUUCAAAAAGGUCGGUACCCGUAUGCAAAGGGCCACUUUAUUCUUGUAGUCAAACGAAGUAGCUGUGCAUCCACAAAGCUAUUAUCCAAUCAUUGGCAUUGACUUGUCCUCAGAUGUUGACUUUAGAAACGCUUGAUGCCGUGCCUGCAUUGUGAAAUAGGAUUUCUACACAAUAGUUUGCACUUACCAGGCAUACAUGUCUUAGGCAGAAUUUCCCAUUUGUAUGAUGCAAUGGAUUUUACGGAAAAGUUCAGAUCACCUAGUGUUAAUGGGAUCCAGGCAGGAGCAGUGACUCCACAAGCUCUUAGCAUAGAUAUCACUGGAUCUUUAUUAGAUGAUCCCAGUAUUUAACCACAGAAAUGGAUGUAGGUAGUGGCAUUGAUUAGAUAGGAAACAAUACUGCACUUAUAUUGUUCUUCACUUAUUCGUGGACCAGCGUUCUCUUAUCCAGCCUGUUUUACUUUCUCUCAUCUAUCUCUUCUUUCUCUGACAUGCCUCAGCCUUGCACUCCUCCUCACGCCUCUCUCAUUCUUCUACCUUUAGCUUUAAUGCUUGUGCUCUAUCCAAAUCCGCUGUGACAUUGCCCACCAGUACCAGAAUAACACACAAUUCUUCAUUGUUUCUGCACUUUCUCCUCCACCUGUUUCUCGUCCUCUUGCUUUCCUUAGUUUGAGUAGAUAAGGUCAGCAAGCAAAACGGCAACAAAAUACGUUAUUUUAUGUAAAACAAGGGUUAUUUGAGGAGGAGGAUGAUAACUCUUGGGUAUGAAGGCUGUGUGCCUUUAUACAAAACAUUCUUGGCCUGUUCAUCUCUUGGUUUCAAAAGACUUUAACACAAUUCACAAGACGUGUGAUGAAAUGGGCUCUAUAUUCAAUGCAAUGCUUUUGCUCAAAAUAUCUUUUAUGUAGAUGCUUUUACUCUAUGAUCUAUCCUUCUGAUCUAUUCACAUUAACAGUCCUACUGUAAAGAUGUAUUCUAACUGUCGCAGCCUGGUUAAUAUUAAUUACCCUCAACUAAUAAGCAAAAUAAUCUAUAUCAAGAAGUGAAUUGCUUUAGACACUAUUUAUAUGAGGUAAUUACACAAGGGAUAUGUUUCCUUAUGUCCUACUGUAACAAACACUACCUGAUGACCUAGAGCAGUGGUGCUCAACCCUGUUCCUGGAGAUCUACCUUCCUACAGAUUUCAGUUGCAACCCAUAUCAAACACACCUGCUGGUAAUUAUCAAGUGCUGCUUCAGGUCCUAAUUAAUUGGUUCAUGUGUGUUUGAUCAGGGUUGAAGCUGAACUCUAUAGGAAGGUAGAUCUCCAGGAACCGGGUUGAGCUUCCUUGAUCUAGGGUAAUGUUUAUCAAGCCGGUUCUCCUCCAGUUAUCCUCGCUUUUGGUCCUGCAACAAAAACCACGAGUGGACAUGACAGCAGGACUGUGACAACAUUAAAUACGACCCGAACAGACACUUAAAAGUAUUAAUUUAACACAUUUUGUGCUCAGAAAAUAGGUUUAUUUCUGUAUUAGUGAUCGUGAUUGCAAACUAAUCAUUCUUUUUAACCGGAUCUUCUAAGUGAACUGGUUGAACUAAUUGAGUAAAUCGAACUGAAUCAUUUGAAAUGAUUCGCGUCUCCAGUAACGUUAAGCACUUAUCCACAAACAACUUACUUUCUAACAUGCUUGAUACCCCGAAAAUACUCUAAAUAAACCAGUUUCCCGAGGUAUUCAGUUAUUAGAACAGUACACAGAGAUCAGAUUUGAGAACCGGUGAACUGAUAAUACUGCGCAUGCGUGAUGCAGCAGGUGAACCGAACAUAAACAGUACAUGACAGCCUGCUGUGACUGAACUAAACUUGAACAACUGCAGCGCGGGUAAACCGAAGGCUAAAAUGAGAGGAUCUGGCAAAACAUAAGUUUAUUUCAGAACAGAAAGUCAUAAUGGAAUUUAAAUGAGUGAAUCAUGCUUCAGUUGGGCUGCAAAACAUAAUUGUAAGAAACUUCAGAUCAGGGUGAUGUUUUAAUUGACUUAAAUUAUGAUUGCUGACUACAAAUUUUUGAUUUGUUGGGUCCAAACUUGGGAAGAUUGUCACAAAAGAUCUGGUUUGCGUUAAAGAUCUGAACUUCCCAACACUACUGUGUAUCUAACCUCAAAAGCAGCCUUGCAUACAUAAUAUACUUAUGUAUGCUGCUAUCUUGUGUGCUGUUGUAUUUGAAUUGAGGAUGGGUAGAUGGUAGUGGUUGAUGGUAGUGUUCUUGUGUCAAAAAAAAGUUUUUUUAUUAUACAAUAUUUAUUCUGGUGAUUUUGAAUCGUGCACCUAAAAAUAUCCUUAUUUGCAAAACAACAACAAACUAAAAAAACUGAAAACUAAACUAAAACUGAGCAAUUUAAAUUAAAAACUGCAUAAAAACUAGUAAAACUGUCUCUAAAAACUAAUUAAAACUAACUAAAUUUGAAAACAAAAAGUGGAAACAAAAUAAAUACUAAAACUAACGGAAAAUCCAAAAGUAUUCUAACCUUGGUCAGCAAUAACCUGGUCUUAUGUCAUUCUAAAGCGGUAUGAAUUUAAUUUUUUAUUUUUUGGAAAGUCAGAUUCAAGUUUUUCUAUGGAAUUCAGAAGAAAGCAAGUCAUACAGGUUUGGAAUGGCAUGAAUUGUAUUUUGAGGUGAACUAUCCCUUUAAGAAAACAUAUGCUUGUGAAAUUUCUAAGAAAAGAAAAAAAGACUUCAGGCUUGAAAAGUAGUUUGGCAACACAGUCUAUCGUGACCACACCUCUACAAUCUCUGAUGUAAAUCUGCUCCAUACUUAUCUCAGGUCAUAGUCCAGAGGUCAUUUUUAUUUCCUGUUUAUAUAAAGUCAUUCACAAGAAGUGAAGAAAACUCAGGGAUGUACCUGGAUGAAGUAUUACAACAUAACAGUUUUCCUUCAUAUGAAGGACAAAAGACAUUUCCUCUUCUCGGUUAUCUCUGAAAACAAUUCAAAACCGCAUCAACCCACUUUGGAAAGGCUUCAACUGUGGUAAGAAUGCACAAUGGGCUGGCCUAGAGAGAGAGAGAUCCGAAUAACUCCCUCACUGUGUAUGACUCAUCAUGAACACAUGCUGAGUUUGGCAUCUCUUAAAGGUGCUGUGAACGAUUUGUUUAUGAAACACCACGCACAAAACAUCCUUACUACCUGACAGAUACAGCCGUUCAGACUACAAAAAAGGACUAGAACUCCAACAAUGAAACAUUUAGGGGUGAAAUUAUGUUUCAGUCGCCAAAUUAGAGAAUUAUUUAAUACAGAUAGUUGCUUUGAAUGCUGAAUCCGUGCUCACAUUCUAUUGGAGUGGUUAAUAAACCUACGGGGGUUGCAUUAACAUUUGCAAAUUUACAAAAGCAGCAAGUAUAUGAAACCGAUACAGAAGACUGUAAGCAGCUAGAAGGUGUAUUAUAGAAAAUAAGUGUUAAGUGCUUCUUUCUUAACUUUCAAACCAAAUAUAAGUAUAUACCUUUCUUUAUCUUCGAGUAUCAUAUUUUUCAGGCUGUAUUUAGAUCUGAUUCCAUCACUCUGAAGAUAACGCAUUUGUGCCACAUAAAUGUCAGUUUGUUUUAUAUGAAUAUUUUGCCAGCAGAAUUAAAAGUCAGAUGUUGCAUUGUUUAUGAUUCCAAUAUGCCACACGCCUACGGUCCUAUUCUCAAACAAAGCUCUCCUGAAUCGAUUCAAGCUUACAAUCGAGCCUAACUCUGCUAAAAUAACAAUAACAACUUUACAAUUGAGCCAUACUAAUAAC